AGAAAACAAAUUAAACUUUUUCUCUACAAGGAGUAAAUCAUUUCUUUUACAAAACACUCAAAAGAAAACAAAACCUGUGAGGUUCAGCUGAUUAAUUGAGUGUGAUUUGCGCACAGUUGCUUAUAUUGCUUAAAAUUUAGUUUAAAUAUAUCUAUUUGGGCAACAAAUCCACAAUAGGUGCUUCAUAACCACUAAACUUCGUAUCUGUCACAAGUGCGAUCCGAUCCAUAACGCUCCUGAGGUUUGUGAUAGUUGUCUCGGUCCCAUUGGUAUCGGUGCAGGAAAUACACUUGAAUACUACGCAAGCAAUACUCGUUGAAUAAUAAUUAAUUGAGCUCAUGUGUACAACCGACGAGUAUUAAUUUCAUUACAUGGAUGAAACACAAAAAAAUCAACAAUUUGAAUUAAAGCUUGAAUACAAUUACUCUUAUUUUAAUUGUGCACAAAUGAAAUUUUUGAUCUUGAAAAUAAUUAUACGGCAUAAUCAAUUUUAAGCAACUGAAGCAAUAUAGAUUCUAUUUGAUUGAGUGUUUAUCUGACCCGAAGGCAACGUUUGUAUCGUAGAUACAAAUGUAUAAGUUAUCGGUCUCGAUUGAAUAUCCCGUUAGACCCAUGGUGAGUCCAAGGAUCCACAGUUUUUAUUAGUGACAACCCGUGGGUUAAAUCGAAUGGGUGCUCCGUUUGGUGGACUGCUUGCACGACACAAUGUGGACCUAUUUUAUUUACUGGAUCGAAUGGAUGCGUCAUUCUCAAAAAAUCCCGCCGGUUUCGCCGGAACUAGCUACCCUCUCCCAAAAAUAGCGACGCCGCCGCCGCUUCAAAAUGUUGAUCCUUUUUUAUCAAUUCAUCCAUUUUUCCGGUCCUAGGUAAGGACUUGUGCCUCUGCUCGACAGCUGAAUUUUUACGAUUGGUCAAUUAAAAGUCAAUAUGUCUUUAAUAUUGGUAUCGAGCAAUAAAAUCUUUAAUGGCUUCCAAAAGGUUUUUAAACAUGCUUCGACCACGUUACAGAAGGAAGCCACUUUCGCUAUUUAUUUACCUGAAGCUAAAUCCAAGGUCCCUGUCAUAUAUUGGCUCUCAGGAUUGACGUGUACCGAACAGAAUUUCAUCACGAAGGCCGGCGCGCAACAAUUUGCGCAGAAAUAUCAGGUCGCCAUAGUUUGUCCGGAUACCAGCCCCCGGGGUUGCAAUAUUCCUGGUGAAGAUGAUAGCUACGAUUUGGGUACCGGUGCUGGAUUUUACGUGGAUGCAACCCAGGAACCUUGGAGCACCAACUACAGAAUGUACUCCUAUGUCACCAAAGAGCUGCCUGGGAUUUUAGCGACCAGCUUCGCAUCGGAGGUCGACGCCUCUCGGGCUUCGAUUAUGGGCCAUUCAAUGGGAGGGCACGGUGCCCUUAUUUGCACGUUACGCAACCCCGGCCGCUACAGAUCUGCUAGCGCAUUUGCUCCAAUCUGCGCACCGUCACAAUGCCCUUGGGGACAGAAGGCCUUUAACGCUUACUUAGGAAGCGAUCAGGCAUCCUGGAAGGCCUACGACGCUACGGAGCUCGCUAAGACCUACACUGGACCCAAUUUGAACAUCCUAAUUGAUCAGGGACUAGACGAUGAUUUUCUGGCAAAAAAUCAAUUGUUGCCCGAAAAGCUGCAGGAAGCAGCAUCUUCCAGCGACAAGCUAAAAAUCAACUACAGGCAACAUGCAGGCUACGACCAUAGUUAUUUCUUCAUAGCCACUUUUAUCGAAGACCACAUCCGACUGCAUAGUGAAGCUCUUAAGGAGUAAAUUUUAGGGCAAAGUUGCAGUGUUUUUGCGAAUUGCGUUGCUAUCAGUAACUUAUCCCUGAAGCGACAGAAUAAACUUGUCAAAUAAAUAAUUUCAGACACCGUUUCUUUGUGUUAGAACUU